UUGGUGAAUACCUGCAGUGUUAACGUGUUACCUGAAUUUAUAAUCUGGAGUCGGGGAUGAAAUAGAAGUCUAUUUUGCAUGGCAGUAUAACUGUCAGUUAUAUUAAGACAAUAAUCACCGACUUUUGUGUUUGUGUUAUGCCAUAACUACGUCACAAUGGCAACAUUUUCAGGCCAAACUGCUUGCCGACAGAAAGGUCAAACAAAAUGCAUUCACCAUCAAGGGAAACAACUGGAGAUUUACUGUGAGAGAUGUGAUGUACCUGUCUGUGUUAAAUGUUUACUAACUACUCACAAAGCCCACGACGCUUGUGAACUGAGCAAAGUAACUUCAAAGAAGAAACAAGACAUUCGAAACUUCAUUGACAAAAUUGAGCAAGAUGACCUGGUACAUAUUGGAGAACGCAUCGCUUCUACCGAGUCACUUCUUGAAGAUAACACCAGCAAUUUUGAGAAGUUUUCACAGCAACUGAAAAUGCAAACAGAUAAAAUAAAGGAAGACCUGGACAUGCUAGCAGCUCAGACACUUUCUCUUUAUCAGAAAAUGGAAGAAGACAACACCAAGCUGAUAGAGAAAUACAAACAGGACCUGGAGAUAUAUGAAAAACAACUCAAACAACAAAUACAGGAAUGUAAGACAAUACUCCAGCGUGACUCUCACAUAGAAAUCUACGAUACAGAUUGUGAAAUAGAUUCCCAAAUAAAUCUCCCUAUUAAACCUGUCUUAGGUACUGCCAGCUUCACUCCAAACAAAACUCCUCAACAUCACCUAGAACCGGCCUUAGGGAGAAUCGAAACCACAGAUCAAGGACAAGCUCCAACUGACAAGAAUGGGUCAGUCGGGACAGAGAGCAGUGAGGGUAUGUCCUCUACACCACGACGGUCAGAAGAUAACAGAAAUACCGCAGUAACUAGGUACAAACUACUGCCAAAGACCGAUCUCUUGGAGGAGUGGACGUCCGUGUACAUCAUUGGAUCUGUGUGUCCAACCACAGAUGGACGGAUGUGGACAAGCUGUUCCACUGACGCACUGACUCUCGUAGACAGGAGAAACAACGUUAUACAGGAGGUUAAUGCCAAAGCGACGAUCAAAGACAUCAGCCAGUCUCCCGUAACAAACACCAUUUGGGUCUGUGAUAAUGAAAACAACAUCUUGGAGUUGGUAUCUGGACAACUAACUCACAGGUUCAGAACCAAGGAGGAACCGAUAUCUUUGUGUGUUACAGCCAGUAACCAUGUCAUUGUUGGGAUGGUCAAACUCAUCUCCAAAUUUACCACAACGGGCCAUUUGCUACAAUCUACACUGGCUGCAGGGACUGGGAAACCAUUGGUGUGUACACCAUACAGGAUCGCUGAGUGUCCGGUCACUAACAACGUCGCAAUGGUUGAUUGGAAUAGGAGAAAUCAUGGCGGUGAUGGCAAAACCCAGGUUGUCGUCAUGGACGCGAAUUUCAAUGAACGAUUUGUGUACCGUGGAGAAAUCCCCAGCACAUAUCAACAAACAUCAUCCAGAGCAGCAUUUGACUCUUGGGGCGUUGUGUACGACAGUACCGGAAACCUCGUAAUUGGGGACUACAAGAACUGCAGGGUCCUACUCCUCAGCGGAAGUGGCGAGUUUCUCCGGAUCCUGCAUACAGACAAAGACCGAACAGUAGCGGUUGGUAUGGACAGAGAGGAUGUCCUAUGGUCAGUGUUUGGAUAUGUCUCUGUUAAACGAUUACAGUAUAAUGAAUAAA